UCCCAUCCACCCUAUCUUCAAUCCGAUAGACACGCGACAGCGACCCCUUGCGAGUAACGACUUAGCACUACGUGGGUACUGGUGGCCUGUCACACUACCGGUAGCUCUCUGAAGAGUUCGACCUUCGCGAUGGUAGAGAGCGGGCAACGUCUAGUGGCGGCAAGCCGAACUUCGUACGCGUGCUUUUUUUCCUUUUUGAUAUUCUUUCUUGAUUGUCCUUGUUGGUUUUGUUCUUUGAUUUUCCAACUUUCGUACUGUUGUCGUUCGCACAUUGUCUUCAGUUUGCUCAUCGUCUUUGAUUUCGCAGACCGUCUUGAAUUCCGCACAUUAUCUUCUGAAUUCGUACUCAUACUCAACCAAUUGCCCUGGCGCAAUACUGGUGAGUUUCUCCACGCCUUUCCAGACUAAAACCACCUGAAUAUCUUUGCAUAUGCUGUCGCGCCGUACAAG